AACGCUUGGUGACGCGUUCGAAUUGGUGGAUUCGACUCGUACGAUUAGCAAUGCGAUGGGCAUUUUCUCCGUAGCAGCCGAAGAAGAAGGAGGAGGUGAAAGAGGAGGACACGACACUCUAUGGGCCGCGUGCAGCAGUGACGACGUGUGUCGAACGUGGGCGAAUGUUGAGCUUUCUCAGCGUACGAAGAAGAUGCGCGUGUCAGGAGACCGCGGGGAAAUGAGUAACGAAGAGUCGGCCGGAAAGCGGGUCAUGAAUCGUUCAAAAUGAGGAGAACUUGUAACGCCGUGGUAGAGGCCCGGACAACGGAUAGCCUCGAAGCCACAAGACGUCUGCACAGGAGCGUGACGGAGAUCGUAAAAAGAUUAGAUGAACAAAAAAAUCGUGCCCUCACGGUAUGUGAUAUAUUUAUCCCAUCUGUGGAAGUUCUUCGUGUAAAACUUAAGGAUUAUUGCGAGAGAUUGAUACUGAAAGAUCCUGUUGGAAAUGCGCGUAAAACGGAGGAAUUGUUAUGGAGAAAGGCGUUCUACGAUGUUGUUUAUGCAGCUAAAAAAUUGCGCAAGACCAAUCAGUGGAAUGAAUCUGAGAAGGCAUUACUGUCCGUACAUUUGGCAGUGGGUGUGGGAUAUUAUCAUCAUCUGAUAUUAAGACUGCAAUCCGAAUAUGAUCUGGAUCUUGUUGGUGUUAUCGACUUUGCAUUCACUCGCUUUGAGAGCAUUUCGUCAUACGUAAGUAUGACUCCGUAUGCAAGAUGGAUGGCUAAAAUGGAGCAACCUAAAUUAACUCACACCAAGGAAGUCAAACAGUGCGUCAUGCGCUUAAUCCAUCGAAGCCUGGUGUGCCUUGGAGACCUGACCAGGUACAAAUUAGAAUUAGAUUCAGAUUGGGAUCCAAUGAUAGCAAACAGAUAUUACAAGAUGGCUAUAGCCAUUGAUCCAAACAUCGGAAUGCCUCAUAACCAACUUGGUACUAUUGCGGGUGGGAAAAAUUAUGGUCUGGAUGCAGUUUAUCAUUAUAUGAGAUGUGUUUUGUGUCCCGAGUUGUUUGAAGGAGCAGAAGGAAAUUUGAAGAGAUCUAUAAUAACCAAUUCCACCUGUACAGAUGAAAACAAUUUGGUUCAUCAUUGUGUAUCGCGAUUAUUUUCCCUGUUACGUUUGUGGGAUUACGACAACCCGAAUUCGGAUAAGAUAAAUCAAGAAUGUCAGGAUCUUUUGACUGAUAUUGAGAAUUGUUUGAUAAUAGAGCAAUCUGAGACGAAUAACACGAGUUCUCUUGAAAAUGCGGAUAAUAUAGAGACAUAUCUACAAAAUUGCAAGAGCAGACCAGCGCUAUACCUAACGGACGACAUGGUAUUUAAAAUCGUGACAAUAUGCUUAAUGUCAAUUUCUAGAUUAAAAAGCAGAGAGUCUAGCGAGGUGCAGGGUGUCGUUGCUAUUACUUUAGCAAUAUUGUCUCAAUUACUACAAUUUACAAUAACCAAACUGCAAGCAUUGGUCAUGGAAACGGCAGUACCGGACGUCGAGGUGAAUGCAAAUUCUUAUUCCUCAAAGCUUAAAAAUGCACUGAAAAAGGAGGCGCCGCGUGACGAAAGGGAAGACAGUGUAGACCAUGUGCCGAAAGAGAAUUCCGUUUCGAAUCAAGACAAUAAUACAUCGAAUUUAAAUAAGAAGGAGCAGUCGCAUGCUAUCGAAGGCGCGAAAUCGCUGGACAAUGGAGUUACGAACAAUGAGACGUCCAAGAAGACUCGCGAGAAAUCCAAGAGUCUCUUGAGCAAGCUACGCAGGCGAAAGAGACGAACAAGUUCCGACUCGGACGCGAGCGACACGGAGCAGCCUGUACUAGUAUCAUCCAGCGAUGAGAUGCACUCCGAGACAGAGGAGGAUGACGCGCUGAGCGAAGAGAACGACGCUCUAUCGGAGGAUGCUCUUUCGGACGAUAAUACGGAUGACGAAGAGUUAUUGUCCUUGCGAAAUAAAAAGCAAUCCGACGAGAAUGCGACGAAGAAAGAGAUAAACGGUCAUGCGGACGUUGCCGACUGUAAAACAGAGGACAGCGUCAACAAGGACGACAACAGUCAGUUGGUCAAUGGCGAACAACGAGUGGCGGACGAGCAAGCGGAGCCGAAGCCUAUCAGCGAUCAGGAUUCUGUGACGAAUUCAGCCGGCAGUGCUGUGACCAUCACGACGAACCCCGACUCUACCAGCAGCGCUUUUGAAGAAAGCAGUAACAGCAACUCGAGCAACACCGUCACCUGCAUGGCGCAGUCGAAGAAGCAGAGCUUGAAAUCGAACAGCGUCUUGAACUUAUUGAUCGGUAAAGAGAUCCUAGCGUCCAUUAAAGUUUGCUUCGACUGGUUGCGAAGCAGUCCCGACAUUGUAAGAAUAUGCGCCAAGAGUUCGCGGAUAUUGCUGAAACGCGUGACGAUUCUGCUGAAUCUUAUCAACGUGGACGGCGAAGCUUUCCUGCCUAAGAACGAGGACUCCGCGAUCCUGGCGAGUGCGGAAAGACUGCGGGAGUGCGUGAGAACGUUGCCGCUGCCGGAGGACAACGAUCUUAAGGGUCUGACUCUGUUGGAGGAAGCGCAUCGGUCCCUCAACUGGUGCAUAUUGCACAAGCACAAAAUGAGCAAGAGAGAGGAGACAUUACUGAGGAUGUUGAAGCUGGUUGAGUUCGGGCGUCACCUCAGCGCCAUCGAGGAGUCGGGCGUGCAAUAUGACCCAGUCGAACGGCUGUUCGUCGCGAGCGACUACAGCCCAUCAAACGCCCCGAAACCAGUGGGCUUGGACGAGAAGAAGUUCAAUAUGGAACAUCCGAGAAACAAGCUUAUGAGGCACAUGGGUAAGCUUUGGUUGAAGGCGGAAGUGCGUGCCUUGGAAAGCCAAUUGCACUUCCGACUGAUGUCACCGUACCUUGUGCCCGACCACGAAGCCUUGGCCAAGUAUACACCGACCCUUAAGCGCUUGGUGUACGCCAAGAUAUUCGUAGUAGUGAUUCCCGCGGCUGUCGUCUCAGCGUUGGACGAGGUGAAGCGUAUUAGCGGCCAAGCGAGAGAGGCGACACGAUGGCUGGAGAUUCAACUGAGACGUGGCACGAGAUUUCUACGAGCGCAGAGACCUCAUGAGCGUCUAGCGUUGCCACUGAUUAAAGGACCAAGACCGAAGGAUAAAGAGGCCUGGUUGUUCUUUCAAAUCAUAGAAUGUUGCCAUUAUCUCACUCAGCAGGCAAAGGCCGGUUUCACCGGUGACGGGGAAGCGCCGGUCGUGACUCUCUUGACCGGCUGUAAUCCGGACGAGAGGAAGGCUCUGACUUUCAGUCCUGAUGGAUUAGCGAAAAGUGCAGGUGUUAAUCUGGAGCACAUCGAAUCGUUUCAAACCAAGUGGAAAUCGUCGAGCAAGAGUCACGGUUGAGCGAGGAACGCUUCUGCGUGAUCAUUCACUGCUGUUCUCACCUUGGAAGUCGCCGACGACUUAGAGCGAGGUCAUAUCGGAACUUGUUCGGCUAGACACACCCGGACUCGAUCGACAACAGGAAGAGACAGAUAAAGAGAGAGAGAGAGAAGAAGGGGUUGGAAACCCGUGAAAGGGAAGAUCAAUCGAUUGAGUUUUGUGAGCACGGCGAAAUCGGUGCCGAUGGGACGUCCUUUCCCGCAGCGCAUACAGAAGAAUUUUAAGUAACGAAAUUACAUUUUUCCUCUCUUUCUAACUAUUCAUAUUGCCAUUUAUGUUUGAAAGAAUUGUAUUUUUAAGUAAACAAUUUUUUAAAUAAUCACAACAAUGUUUUCACCAGCCACAUGAAAAUCCCGGCGAAGUCUCGAGCUCAGAGCGAUUGUCCGUAGGCGCAAAUGAUCGUCUUGUCGAAAAAUAAAAAAGAAAUAAAGCGCAUAAUGCAAACGGCCGGAGCGUAUCGUCUAUGUCAAUCGAGACAAUCGAAACGUCUAAAAAGGUCUAAAGGUUAGGAAACGUUCAUCGUUUAAUACAUAUUAAUUACGUAGGCACGAGAAAUAUUACGCACGACUCGCCGUACGAUAAAUCUCACCGAUUCCCAUCGUUUGUAGACUUGUCUCGUGUUUAUCGCGACUUUAUCUCGUAUAUAUGCGUAUAUGUGCGUUCGACGAUUAUAUUUUACUACGUGUACAAAGAAUGUGUGUGUGUGUGUGUGUGUAAACCAAACGGCACUGUGCGUACGGAAUGUUUCGAAUUGACCUUGAGAAAUAUUAACGUUUAUAUUCUCAAUUUGUAAUAUCCGAACGCCGGUAUUUAGUCUUCGGUUCGUAAAAUAUUUCUCGUCGCGCAGAAGACCCUCUCCCCCCCGCAUUAAACUCGCACGGGAAUUCCUGAGUAAUAUAUUCGUUAAUUUCUCAACACCUUAUUUUCCGGACUAUGCCCGGCCGCGCGUGUAUCAAGUACGUGGGUGUUGCGUAUCGGUGGUGCGAGCGGUGCUUUGCAUCUGCCUGUGUGUGUGCGACACGAUUAUUCCGACGAAAGCGAACGCGCAUGCGCGGCAGUGCUUUUGCGUUGCGGUAGUGGCAGCGUGACAUAACCUAGCGGCGGUUUGUCGUCGUGUUUGCCUGUGUAUCGUCGUUGGUUUACGUGUCGGCGGAGGAACGGCCGUGGUCGGGUGGUCCUCGCAACGCGCACCACGCUCGCACAAUCAGUCGGCAGACGUGGACGCGUAUCACGCGAUCUCUCGCGCGGCGCGGUUAUCGUGAUGGCCGAGCCUGAAACGCCGAGCAUCGUGCAUGUUGGUCAUCGUUAUACGUCCAUCGCACAGUCUCUCUAGUUCCGCGUACUGGAGUUGUCGGUGAACGAGUCCGAGACGUAGUGUUGCUUGUUGCGUUGCGUUCGAACAUUCGAAGCGUGAGCGUGCGAAGGAGCGAGGGAGU